AGGCAGCAGCUGUUUGGAACCAUGACUGAAGAUGACGGAUUCGGUUGUGGUGGAGGGUCAAGUCAGAUUGAGAGAUGGAAAAAAGUGGAAGAAUAGGUGGCUGCUGCUUAGGAAGCCCUCUCCUGUGGCAGACUGCCUGCUGAUGCUGAUCUACAAGGAUAAGUCGGACAGGACGAAGGGGCACAAGGAGAAGAGCAGCGUCACAUUGGAGGACAUCUGUGGAGUAGAUGCUGGGCUUUCCUAUGAGGGCAUGGGUUACAGUGUGGCCAUCAUCUGCUUCUCACAAGUCGUCAUGCUAGGGUUUGAUAAUAAAGACAUUAUGAAUGCCUGGGAUGUACGGAUACGUUACAGCUUAGGGGAAGUUCACAGAUUCCAUGUUGGAGUAUUGCCUGGCACCAAACUGGAAAGUGGACCUGCAACACUGCAUCUGUGCAAUGACAUCUUAGUUCUUGCUAGAGAUCUUCCACCAGUUGUGAUUGGGCAAUGGAAGUUGUCUGACUUAAGACGAUAUGGGGCUGUGCCAAAUGGCUUUGUCUUUGAAGGAGGAACACGGUGUGGAUACUGGGCUGGUGUGUUUUUCCUCUCAAGUUCAGAAGGAGAUCAGAUCAGUUUCCUUUUCGACUGUAUUGUCCGAGGCAUCUCUCCAACGAAAGGACCCUUUGGACUUCGCCCAGUACUCCCAGAUCCAAAUUUAAACCCUGCUUACAUGGAGGACAGAGUGGCCCAUGAGACUCUGCAGUUGGAGAAACGGCUUAGCAUGCUGUCUCAUCACAGCCUAGGCGGAGACGAUAGAAGUAUAUCCAGCUCUUCCUCAGACACCAGCCAUUCGGAUGCCAGUGCAGGGAGCAGACUGACCAUAUGGGCAGAGCCUUCUUCAGCUAGCACAUCUGCUGAGAGUCAUGGGAUGGCAGCAGCAAAGGGCAUCCACCUGGGAGAAGAUAAAUCCUAUGCUGAAGCCUUUCGGGCCUCCAAGCCACCUCCUAAGCCUGCUGCAUCUAGACAUUUACAGGAAAUUGGACGUCAAAGCUCUUCCGACAGUGGCAUAGCUACGGGCAGUCACUCUUCUUACUCAGGGAGCUUUUCCUCCUAUGCUGAGAGUCUGGACAUUUGCCAUGGUGAAGAGUUUGGGUCGUUGCUUAGCUUACCCUUAACCAUGGCUACAGAUCAAAAUCUAUGCACGUGUCAGCAUGCUGAUCCACAGAGAGGGUCUGAAUAUCAGAUUCCGGCCUCGGUCAGACAUCUCUACGACACACCCCGAAGUGUAUUACAGGCAGCUGCUCGAGAAACUCAACACAAGAGUUCAGAUUCCACUUUAUCCAAGGACCAGGCACAAGGAACUCAAAGCAUUAGUGAUGCUAAGCUAUUGGUACCCCAUGGAGAGGCCAGAGCCUCAUCUUUACUGCAGGAAAGCAAAGACUCAGGCGAUGAAACCUAUGUGGAUUUGGUUCCAAAGUGGACAGCUACAAAAGCACAGCCACAGGGAACUAAACCCAAAGGAAGUGACUUGGCUGCUACAGGCACAAGUAACACUUGUGAAAUCUGUAGCCCUCAUCCUGGUGUUACAAGGGCAUUUUUUGCAGCUUGCCCGGUAUGCGGAGGACUAAAGGGUGCUACAGCCCUGCAUCCGGGAGCUUCAACCACAUCUCCUCUGCAAGGGGCAGCAGGUUAUCCAGCCGAGCCACUGGUUUCUGACCGACCUCGCAGUGAGACAGCAACUUAUGUAAAUAUCCCUAUCAGCCCUACAUCAAAGAAACAGCUCCAUUACAUGGCAUUAGAACUUCAAGAUCCUAGUACAGGAAUACGAGGAGGAGGUUCCACAAGGUAUGCUCACAUAGACAUUGCUGCAACUGAAACAGCUCAUAAAGUGGGUUCCCAGCACGCUCAAGCCAGAGAAGAACGUCUUCAGGAGUUGGAGCAGAAGAAAAAAGGACCUCAGCAAUGAUCUGACACAUAUGAAGAGCAAAUCUAGAGAUUAAGGCCGAGGAACCUCAAUGCUUUUUGCAGUAGAAGAAAUGGUACUAAGAAUUAGGUGCAUAACUUUUGGUGGCUCAUCAGCAAUGUUGGGUCAACUGAGUUACAAACACUCCUUUUUAAACGUGUACUGAAACCUAACCUCAAGGGUAUGUGGUUAUCCUAGCACAACUUUUAGCAACUAAGGAAUUUUGUGUGGUCUGUUGACACAGGGGUCAUUCCAAAAGUGAUAUUCCUUCCUGGAAAUUAGAUAGUUUU